AGGUUUAUUGUGUAUAGUGUUAUGCUUCUAUGUUAACUGCAGUUGUUAUUAGAAGGGGCUAUAACUUCUCUUUGCUAUUGCCCCCACUGUCAUCGUCAACAGGAAACUCAUGAGGAAGUCUGCUUUCUUUCUUUCUUUUCUCAGAGCUCUCAGAUAACUGACUAGCCUACCAUUUAAGAUAUUGACAUUUAAAUGUUUGUGUUGCUCUUGUCUGGACUUCAGAUCAUACAUAACUCUUGGUGAAUAGCUUUCAUCACUUACCAGACAAUUGACACACCCAACAUGAUUUCACAGAAGAGGAAGGAGACAAAAUAGUGACGUUUUUCUUUCUUUCUGUAGUCCUCAGAUUGCACUUGUGGUGAGUGUUGUAAAUGCUUUUCUGUGUGGUGAAAGAGUAAUAUCUUCCUAUUUUAUUUCUCUGAAUACCGGUCAGACUGCAAACUUCCUCGACAAAGGGCCAGACAGAGCAUUGCCAAGGGCGUAGCAGCAAGAUACAAGGAGCCAUUUUCUGACAGGCCUCGAAGUCGAACAUGGCUGUGGAUAUGACUGCACUGUAACAGAGGAGGUGUUGCAGUUUAUUGUCUUUCAAAGGAUUUUGUAUUUCAUUUAUAUUCAGAAGAAGAGAAGGGAACAAUGAGUUUUGACCGAGUGCCAUCCAAGUCAGUGGUAAUGGACUGGAAUCCACACCAAUUGGCAGACUACAUGAAGAAGUUGAAUUUAAGUGGCUGCGAUAAAGUCAUUAUGAAAUGUAGCAUAAAUGGACAAAGGUUCUUGAACAUGACUGAAAAUGACCAUCAGAAAUUCCCCAAAAUCCAUGCGCCACUCAUCUCCAAAAUCUGCAGUGAAAUCAACAGGAAAGAAGAAAAAAGGAGAUUCUUUACUAAAAGAACCUCAGCACCAAAAUAUGAACCAGCUAUGCCACAAGAGGAUCAGCCCUGGGGACCGGAUGAAUUUGAUGAGGGGAGUGACGAAGACUAUGAGAAUCCAGAUGCUGAGGAAGAUGAUGGCAGUGGGGGAGAUUACGAGUCACCAACAGAGGAUGUUGGACUUGAGGACAGUGACAAUGGCUAUGAGUCACCUCCGUCUGAGGCGACUGAAGAAAUUCCCCAUCAGCUCCGUGCUGCCAAGCCAUUGGCUGACGGAGAGUACAUUGAUAGUACACCACACCGCAAUACAGCUAGAAGCCAUCCUCCUCCAACAACUCAACGCCCUGGGGCUGGUCCUCCUAUCCCCUCUGCCAGUCACCCUAGUCUACUGCAGCCUCCCCCACCCAGAAGAGAGCAAUCUCCCCAGCACCCUGGCAGAAUAACUGGCAAGUUGCCUGCUACUUCCUCAAAUGCUGCCCCUGCUCCACCAGUUGACCGCAGAAGAAAGCCCACCAAACUGGAUCGCACAAGACUUGCUGAAUCUCCAAUACCAGCAACGAAGUUAAACACAACUAACAUGCCUGCUCCACAUUCAUGGAGGCCUCAGGCAGAAGAGAGGGGUCCAGACCCUCCCAGAAUGCCCAAACCUCCCCUCCCUGUGUCAAGUAGUGUCAGCAGGAGCAGCUCGUCGGUCGGCAGAGCCCCGCUGAACAACAACAGAUAUGUGCCUGAUGCAAGAAAUGAGGUACAAGAUGAUGUGCCCAUGCCCAAACCAUACAACUCCAACACAUUUCCUAGACCAGGGCACCCUAGAGCAGUGCUCCCCGGACUAUCCUUACAUUCAGACGGCUUUCCUCCUAAUAUCGCUUCAACUGCAUCUCUACCUUCAAAACUGCAGGCACUGCAGGCAUCCAUCUCACCCAGGAGCAGUUCUAGGAUUGUGCCAGACAGACACAUUAUGCCCCCUCCGCCACCUAUGCAAGCUUCUAUCCCCCCAGCAGACUUAGAGGAUGAACAGGACCUGAACCCUCAGUGGUACGUUGGUCAGGUGACACGGGGUCAAGCGGAGGGCUGUCUCAGACAGGUCAACAUGGACGGUGCAUUUCUGGUACGGGACAGUUCGAAACGGUCGUCCAUUCAGCCCUAUACACUCAUGGUACUCUAUCAGGACAAAGUUUACAACAUCCAGAUCCGUUGUGAACAGAAUGAGUUUCUGCUGGGGACUGGUCUGAAGGUCUCAGAGACCUAUCCGAUGGUGGCACACAUCAUCGCUCAUUACAGACAGUCACCUCUUCUGCUGAUUGAUGCUAAGAACCGUGGAUCAGGACAGCAGAGCCAGUGUCCCCUGAUCUACCCAGCAGGUGGAGCACUAGCAAGUCUCUACCCAUCCUUUUAACAGACAGCAGAGCCAGUGUCCCCUGAUCUACCCAGCAGGUGGAGCACUAGCAAGUCUCUACCCGUCCUUUUAACAGACAGCAGAGCCAGUGUCCCCUGAUCUACCCAGCAGGUGGAGCACUAGCAAGUCUCUACCCAUCCUUUUAACAGA